UUGUUUGAUUCCUCGUACUCGUUCGACCCCAACCAGACUCCGCACGACCCCUCGACCUACAACGCUCGCCGACCUUCUCAGCACACCGCUACUCUCGAUGUCGACACAUACCAAUUGGAACAGAUCAAACGCGAUAGUGGGAGAAGCAUGAGGAAGGGAAGCAGUAACUCACGAAACUCGAGCCCUCAGAAAGGUCCAGUGUCCCACGUACGCCGACCGUCAACAUCUCACAAUCGACCCUCAGCACCUCUUGCGAUACCCCGUGCUGAGUCUGAAAAUGCUAUCGACCCUGACCCUGAAAGAUCAGCCUGGAUCCAUCGCGACAAACUUGCUCGAAUUGAAAGCCAGGAAAUGGCCGCUGCCGGCUUUGGUGUGCCUCGUACAAGCCAUCGUCGCCAGAGUCGUUCUGAUAGCCGUUCUGCAAGUCGAUCGGCCAGUCGCAAUGCCGCCUCGCGUAAUCAAACGAGUCAGCUUGCCUUCACCGGCGAGAGCGUUGUUCCCAAGGUGCCUGGAUUUGAAGAACAAACUGAAGCAGGCGCGAACCAGGAUCAGGAUUCUGAUGAUUACGAGGAAAUGUUGCGGGAGGAGCCCCGGGUAGACCGCAACAUGUAUAGUAGAAGUCUCCCAAGGCCUACUGUAUCUCGUAUACCUGUUGCGAGAGCCAGUCCUGCACCUNNCUUGCGCAGAGUGUUGUUGAACGCGACUCUCCUCUACCCUCGCAGCAUGAGUAGUCCUCUUGGAGAUAGUGCAAGCAGCAGACAUCGCAGUCGAAGCUUGGGAAACCCCGCUAUGGUGGCCGAGCCCACAAGUACGCGAUCUGGGAUGUCCUCGAAGCCAAGGCCUCGCAGUUCCCAUAUACAGGACUCGCCCAGUGCUACCGAAUCGCCUUCACUGAGUACACGCACAACGCAGUCCAUGACCGCUGCGACGAGGGCGAAAGCAAUGAACAAAGCUGCAGCAGGAGGCUCUGUGGGUAGGAAGACCAUCCCUCGUACCGCUUCAAAGGCUAGAAACACUUCGCCAAAAGACAGUCCAGUGAGAAGGCCCACAUCUGCCUCCACCAGGUCUCGGCCGACCUCAAUCCACAUGAGACCAGAGGGAGAGGCGCCUUGGGUUGCCACGAUGUAUAAGCCUGAUCCCAUGCUCCCGCCGGACCAGCAAAUGCUUCCUACUCACGCGAAGCGUGCAAUGCAAGGUGGAUCGGAUAGUGCAGAUGAGGCCGAUCAGUCUUACCCACUGAACAUAGAUUCUUUGAGUGACGAGGAGCUAGCCAGAAUUGGAGCUUUGCCUUCGCCCGAGUCAGCUAAACAAACGAAUACCACUACGCCUGGACAACAAGGCACGAAUACCAUUCCACCACCAUGGCCUCUUAAAAGCAUCCAGAGCGAUGCUAGAAGUCAAGCUGGAAGUGCCAGAAGUCCAACUGGUGGAUACACUAUCACUCCAAAAAUUGCGCCUCCCAUCGCUCCUCCGAAAUCUCCAAAACCACCAGCAAAUCUGCCUCAGACUAUCAGCUCGGUCAACUCUGGUGUACAAAGAGUACCAGACCUCGACGAGAAGGAAGAUGGCAAGAAAAGAAGAGUGCCGCAUGCUCGUCCUAGCAAGCGAAUGGCGUUGUGUCUUGCCUUCAAAGCG